AUGAUGACGUGUUCUUCGGACACGAUCAACAUCGCUGCGAGAACUCAGAAACUCGAUGUUGAUAAUCGGAUUUCGCUGCGUUUUUACUUCCGGAUCGCUGAUAAUGUCCUCAAACAGGCUGAUAUCUUUCGCGCAGAGAAAAAUAUUGUUGAUCUAUAUGUCAUGCUCCUAAGAUUUUCUAGUUUGGUCUCUGAGACAAUACCACGGCACCGAGAUUAUAGAACAUCUCCACAGAGCAAGAAAGAGUUAUUGAGAAAGAAAUUGUUAGCUUCUGUGAUUGAGCUGGAGAAGUUGAAACCACUAGCACAACAGAAGAUCAAUGAGCUUAACAGCAGGAAAUCAUACCAACAAAGCGGGAGGGAAAAUUUUCGGUCAAAUUUUUCUAUCGAUUUUUCCCCACUGAAAAAGCAAACGAUGGCUAGUUAUGAUCAAAUAAAGGCAGUCAGACAAACCGCGGGAGAGCUUGUCUCCCGAGGAUCAAGGGGCCAGCAGUUUCCUUAUAUAAGGCCUGUUGAAGAUAAUAUGAAAAGACUAUCUCUAACUCUCCCACGUCCAAAAGAAGAAACUCUCUCCAGGCAUUCUAUUCUAGGUCCAAAUGGGCUUAAUGGGCAGUGGCAACCACCUACAAGUGAUAAAGGGGUGAGGUAUCCAACUAUCAUAGAUCUGUCUCCGGUUGAAAUUCCAAGCCUUCACCAAUCCUUGGAAGAUGGAUCUCUGAAUAAAAAAGAUAAUAGCAUUUCGGAACAGAAUAGAUCAGAUUUAGAAUCUACUCUUACCCAGAGUGAGGACUUCCUGGUCCAACAUGCUGAUGAAACUCCUUCACUUAUCUCUUUUGAAGAAACAGAAGACUUGGAUCCUAUAAAAAUUAUCAGACAGCCUUCUCCUCCACCUGUACUUGCUGAAGUACAAGAUUUGGUUCCUACAGUAUCACCUCAUGUUGAUGAGGCAGGAUGUAAGACAGAGACUCUAUCGUCAGAUAGUUUUGUUCGUGGAGAGUCUCCUCUACAAUUACACAUUUCUACUGCAAUGAUGGGGAGUUUUAUGAAGCUUGCCAAGUCUAACACUGACAAAGAUUUAGAGACUUGUGGUAUCCUUGCAGGCUCACUUAAAAACAGAAAAUUCUAUAUUACAGCUCUAAUAAUCCCCAAGCAGGAGGCAACAUCAAGCUCUUGUCAAGCUACAAAUGAAGAGGAAAUAUUUGAAGCACAGGAUUCACGAUCUCUUUUUCCCCUUGGAUGGAUCCAUACUCAUCCUACACAAUCUUGUUUCAUGUCAUCAAUUGAUGUUCACACCCAUUACUCAUAUCAGAUUAUGUUGCCAGAAGCUGUUGCAAUUGUCAUGGCACCAACCGACAGUUCAAGAACCCACGGUAUUUUUCGGCUGACAACCCCUGGUGGCAUGUCGGUCAUUAGACAAUGCCAGCAACGUGGCUUUCAUCCACAUAAUCAGCCUCCAGAUGGUGGUCCCAUUUAUGAUACAUGUACAGAUGUUUUCUUGAACCCAGAUUUAAAAUUUGAUGUCAUUGAUCUUCGAUAA